CCCCUUCACUCCUGCUCGCUGAUCUCUCCUUCGCGCCAGUCAUGUCGGCAUUUGGCUCGUUUGGACAGCAGCCUCAGCAACCUCAGCAGCAACAGCAACAGCCCGGCCAGUCGGGAGGUCUCUUUGGAGGAUUUGGAACCCCCGCGAACACCACACCCGCGGCCGGCGGCUCGCUCUUUGGGACCACAAAUCAACCAGCAGCGAACACGGGGGGACUCUUUGGGUCCACGAACACGAACGCGCAAGCUGGAAACGCGGGGGGAGGGCUCUUUGGGUCGACAACGCAGCAACCCGCAGGUGGGCUCUUCGGGAGCACGAGCACAAACCAGCAGGGUGGCGGGUUGUUUGGGAGCACGCAACAAGCGAGUGCGAAUACGGGGCAAAGUGGUGGUCUCUUCGGUGCUACGCAACCAGGCCAAACAGGAACCACCGGCGGGUUAUUCGGAGGUACAAACACCGGUGCGACUAACAACACUGGUGGUGGCCUCUUCGGUAGCACAAAUACGGGUGGAGGUCUGUUCGGCCAGACACCUGCGACGAACAAUGCUGGUGGCGGGCUCUUCGGCAGCACUACGAACAACGCGCAGACGGCUCCGUCGGGUGGGCUCUUCGGUAGCACAAACACAGCUCCCAAUAACACCGGCGGCGGGUUGUUCGGAAGCACGAACACGUCUGGGCAGACCGGAGGCCUGUUUGGAAACACCAGCAACAACACAAGUGCGCCUUCCGGUGGACUCUUUGGCUCCACGACUACCGCGCCCAACGCCGGGGGCGGCCUGUUCGGUGGCUCGACAACCAACUCUAAUACUGGUGCCACUGGCGGACUGUUUGGCUCCAACACAUCCGGAAACACUGGAGGAGGAUUGUUUGGCUCUGCACAGCCUGGGUCCUCCACUGGACAGAACUCCCUCUUUGGGAGCACGGCGCAGGCCCCAGGGACGUCGCUCUUUGGCAACCCCCAGCAGCAGCAACAACAACAACAAAACCAACCAGGCUCGCUUUUCGGCAAUCUUGCCCAGCAGCAACAACAGCAACAACAACAGAGACCCGGCGGGCUGUUCGGCAGUGCGCUCGGUACGAGUACAUUGGGUGCCAGUACAAUCGGGGGUAAUAGUCUGCUGGGCUCGACAAACAACCUCUUCGCCUCUAAACCUGCGGCAGCGCCUAAUCCACAGCAAGAUGCACAGACGCAAUUCGCGCAGCUCACGCAGCGGAUAGAGGGCAUCGCCCAGGCAUGGAACUCCGGCUCACCUCAGUGCCGCUUCCAACACUACUUCUACAACUUGGUAGAUCCCAACCAAGUCCACCUGUACGGCCGCCCGCCUAACGCGUUCAGCGACGCGCUAUGGCAGAAGGCAGUUCAGGAAAACCCUGACCCUAGUUGCUUUGUUCCUGUCAUUGCAACGGGGUUCGACGACCUGCAGAAGCGUGUCGAGGCACAGACACAACAAGCAGCUUCGCAUCAAGAAAAACUGAAGGAGCUACAACAACGGAUCUCCGCUCUAACCCAGCGGCAUCAACUCUCGAACGCAUCCCGCUUGCACCGCGCGUCUGCGCUGCAAACCCAAUUAACGCACCGGGUCAUCAAGCUCGUGCAACAUCUGCACCUACUCAUCCCCGCCUUACGCUCUUCCGCGCUUCGCCCUGAAGAGGAGGCGCUGCGAAGCGCGCUGGACGAGAUCGACGAGGAGGUGCGGCGGCCCGGCGGGACUGGACGGAUACGUGGGAAGCUGAACGAGCUAUGGGCUCUCGUCGGCGCGGUUACGGCCGCGCGCGAGCGGGACCGCCGCUCGGGCGGCGUCGAGUGGACGGUUGUGGACGAGGACGGGCUUGCGCAGAUCGCGCAGGUGUUGGCAGAGGAGCAGGCGGGGUUGGCGCAUCUAACGAAGCUGCUGCAAAAGGACAUGAAGGACCUCGCCGUGAUCCAGGGGUCGAACCCGCAGGACGAGGACGCCGAUAUGGGGUCGUCGACGGCGACGUUGCGCGCGAGCACGCUCUGA